AACCCCCUGCAAGGGAAGGAUUGUGUGAGGCAGUGCUACCAAAAAGAGACCUGCUGCAGCCCGUAGAGGGUUUCCAGCAGUCACGACAGCUGGCGGUAAGGCAGAAGCACCACCUGACUCUUCCUCCCUCUCCUCCUCCUCUCUGCAUCCUGCAGAUUCCAAAUCUUAGAAAUCACCCUUGACAACCGUGAGAGCAUCUAAAGCUUCUUUGGGAAGAUGGAAGGCCAGGGAAAGCAAGUAACGGGCUAUCUCUUGUUCUCGUUGGGCACGGCUGUCAUCGGCUCUCUGCAGUUUGGUUACAACACAGGAGUAAUCAAUGCUCCGGAAGAGAAACUACGGUCGUUCUUCAACCAAACCUGGAUGCAGCGUUACAAUGAGCCCAUCAGUUCGGGGGUUUGUACCAUCAUCUGGAGCGUCUCUGUUGCCAUCUUUAGUGUGGGCGGCAUGGUGGGCUCCUUCAGUGUGGGUGUCAUGGCCAAUAGAUUUGGCAGACGGCGCUCCAUGUUCCUGGUGAACAUUCUGGCUGUGUUUGGAGGCCUCCUCAUGGGGUUCUCCACCAUUAGCUCCUCCUAUGAGAUGGUGAUUGCGGGUCGUCUGGUCAUUGGCCUGUUCUGCGGCCUCUUCACUGGGCUGACUCCCAUGUACGUGGGAGAGGUGUCACCAACACCUCUUCGUGGAGCAUUUGGCACUCUGCAUCAGCUUGGGGUGGUAGUGGGCAUCCUGAUUGCUCAGAUCUUUGGUCUGGAGGUUCUGUUGGGUUCUGACAAGCUGUGGCCCCUGCUGCUAGCCCUCACUGUGGUCCCUGCUGUGCUGCAGUGCAUCUUGCUGCCAUUUUGUCCUGAGAGUCCCCGUUUCCUUCUGAUCAACCUUAAGCAAGAGGAACAAGCACGCAAGGCUCUGGUUCGUCUCCGUGGCACGGAGGAUGUGAACACAGACCUCCAGGAGAUGAAGGAGGAGAGCGCCAAAAUGGCGAUGGAGAAGAAGGUGACCAUCGCUGAGCUGUUUCGCUCAGCGACCUACAGGCAGCCCCUCCUCAUCGCCGUCAUGCUGCAGCUCUCCCAGCAGCUAUCGGGAAUCAAUGCUGUGUUUUACUACUCCACAGGGAUCUUUAGCUCAGCUGGAGUGAAGCAACCCAUCUACGCCACAAUAGGAGCUGGAAUUGUCAAUACUAUCUUCACUGUUGUUUCUCUCUUUCUGGUGGAAAAGGCUGGACGAAGGACUCUCCAUCUCCUGGGAUUGGGAGGAAUGGCCGUCAGUGCCCUGGUCAUGACAGUCUCCCUCCUGUUGAAGGACAUUGCAGCAAUGAGCUACGUGGCGAUCCUGGCUGUCAUGCUUUUUGUGGCUAUGUUUGAACUGGGCCCGGGUCCCAUUCCAUGGUUCAUUGUGGCUGAGCUUUUCUCCCAGGGGCCCCGUCCUGCGGCCAUGGCUGUAGCAGGAUGCUGCAACUGGACAGCCAAUUUUCUUGUUGGAAUCAGCUUUCCUAAACUUGUGGAGUGGUGUGGACCCUGGGUGUUCCUCAUCUUCACUGCCUUCCUCAUUAUCUUUUUCAUCUUCACAUUUAUCAAAGUCCCAGAAACAAAGGGAAAGACAUUUGAUGAGAUCGCCCGUGAAUUUGGCGGCACUCUGCCUCCUGCUACUUCUUCCGCUGAGGAUCCUGGUGCCACUUCCAGCACUGCCGUAACUCUUCAAGCCUCUUCUCCUGAGAAAGAGAAGGUCCCACUGGUGGAGGCGCCGGCAGCACCUGCUGCAGCACCUGCUGCAGCCCCUCCUGCAACCGCCACUCCCGCAACCGAAACCACACCCCUUAAAGAUAAAUCCGGCGCACAAGGGGAGCAGGUGUAGACAGGUUUCCGACUGGUGAGAGAAAGAAAUUAACGGAAGAAUCACAGAGUACAAACAUGUUGAAACAGAGGAAUCAGUUUCAAUCUUUCUAUCCAACUUUAUGGUACAUUCCUGAAAUCAGCUGCAUCCAUUUAAAGGGUGAGUCAAGGUCAAUGUGUCUCAAGUCACGAUGAUACUCAGAUCUGGUUACUUGAAACUAAAACAUGGGUCAAAAAUGUGCAGCAAAUUUCUUCCUUUAUGCAGUUUAUAAGCAGGGUGACUUAAGGUGAGUUGAGCAGAUUUAAAUAUAAAAAAUAGAGGUUGGCUCAAUGUCCUAUGAAUUAGGUGACAUGAUAAACAAAGAUCCACAUUUAAACAAAAUUAUUUGUGUAUUUUUUUAAGUGUCAGAUGAUGUAAUGUGUAUUUUCCCCUGGUUUAACGUCUUGCAGAAGGUUCUUUGGCCAGUUACCGUACUUGUUCCCCUCUUAGACUGCUGGUCUGAUGGAUCUAAAUUGUGUGCUUUACCUUUCACUGGGAUUGUUUGCAUUACAAAAGUGAAUAACCACCUGAGGAGCACAUCUAACCUCAUAAUGUAGUCUGCAGCAGCUAAAAAGGUAUUAAUAUGUAUUAUUGUUCAAAUUUUAACAUCUACAAUCAUUCAUUAUUUAGUAGGGGUUUAAUUACUGACUCACCUAGUGGUGUGUUGACAUGUUGUCAGCCUACUUAAGUACUGAAUGUGGCCAAAAUGUAACAUGAGUUACAUAGCCAAGAAAUUGAGAAAAUGGACAUAACAGUUUCCUCAAAGAACUUUCACAGUCAUAUACGUGUGUACACACACAAAUACAACUUCAUUAAGAUUAAAAUAUGUAGCCUAGAAAAUUAAAUAUAUACUACACCUUUCACAGUUAUGGGCACUCAUGUUGAUCAAGAACAUCUGCUUAGAUUUAGAUAACAUUAAUUGGUCAUUAACCCUCUCCAGGCAGAUGUUGCAGAUUUGCAAGAGCUAUGCUACUUAGCUAGUCUUUGCAAGUAAUUUGAGCCUGAGAGGGUUAAAAGUUCUUAGAUAGCCUGAUUUUGUUACAUAGGAAUUGAUUUGUGUGUCAGUUAUUUUGGGACUAGAGAUUUUACAGAUAUUAAACCCUGAAAUUUAUUUAAUGUGGGAUAUUUUUCUCCAUUUAUUUAAGGAGCUUUGAUUAGAGGAUACAUUUUUUAAAUCAUAUUUCAGUGUGAGAUUACCAUGGAACAAGAAAAAUGUUAUUUAUUUUUAGUCAUUUCAUACAUUUUUACAGAAGUGCCAGUAAAGGUGAUGGGUGCUGUAUGUGCAAUCAUAAGUAAUCAAUUAGUCAUUUGUCGGCUGUUCUUCUAGAAUCAGAUCGUUGCAGCAGAGAAAUUUCAUGACAGGUACUUGUAAUGUAACAAUAGCGUAAUAGACAAAAUAUAUUUAUUCGCUGAAAAAAAAUAUUUAUAGGAUUGUGUAAGAUCUAAUUUUUUAUUAAUUGCUUUAGAUUAUAUAAGGAAAUUUAAGUGCUUUUCUCAUUUCAAGAGAUAAAAAACGAGUUCUUGGAGUUUUGCUUUCAAUUAAGGAGUAGGCUACUUGAAUUACUUGAGGGGAAAUUUUAAAUCAGUGACUGUACACUUUAGUACACUGUAAAAAAAAAAGGUCUCUAAUUUAUGGUAAAAUAUUUUCAGCUGUGGUAACCAGAAUUUUACCACAGCUGAAUAUGACAGAGUCCAUAUUUAUAUGUUACAUUACAUUGAUAAUUUAUUUUACUGUAAAUUAGAGAGUUUUUUUUAAGGUGUAGCUUUAGAGUCACUAUUCAUACUAUAAGCAGUAGAAGAAUCAGCAUCGCCGUUCUUUCCAUCAAACUAACACAGUGCUAAUGAUCUGCAUUGACAUUAAUAAUAACAAACAUAUAUCGAAGAGAAAGACUGUAUGAAGUGUGCAAUCACUAUUGAAAAAUAUCUUAUAGCAGAUAGAUGCAACUAAUGAGGAAGUGCUAAUACUCUAUUAAUCCUGGCAGUAUAGCUUUCAGUGAAACAUGCAACUAACGUUAGUGGUUUAAUAGAUAAUUAUGUCUGAUAUUACCUUAUUGUUUUGCAAAGCAAGACACUAAAGCUUAAAAUCAAAGAAAACAGAUCUGUGAGGAUUAUUUUGUGUAUAACUACCAUAAAAGAAUGUCAAUUUAAAAUUAUACAUACUGGAUUUUUAAUCAUUACAGCACUUUUUAUAAUUUAAAUAGUAUUUUUUUCAAGGUGGAGUUUUAAUUAGAUUAUAUAAAUUUGAAUAUAACAAUCAAGAAAGGCUUAAUGGGAGAGUUUAUAUUUGUUUGAUGAGCUAAAAAGGUGUUGGCAGACUGUUGUCUAUUGCAGGCCAAAGGUUAUGGGGUCGGUUGUGGGAAUUAUGAUAACCAAUUUUAUUUUUGUAGACUGCAUCUGCUAUCAUUUAAAAAGUAUAUCAUAUUUCUAACAUGACCUUCUAAUAGGAUCCAAAAAAAGAACAUUUUCAAUAGUCUUCAAGCUGAGAAUGUAAGGCUAUAAAAUUAUUUUUUUCUCAGAUCAGUAAUAAUUUAAUUGUUUCACAAGAAUUCCAGCUGAUGUCUUGUCAUUAUAACCUGUGUAUUUCAGGCAAACAAUGUUUCUUUUUUAUGUGUCUCACAGAAUUUAAUUAUCUCAACCAAAAAAUCUGCACUGUUGUAUGAAACCUAAUCUAACUUUUUAUUGAAGAAACGUUAAUAUAAAUGUAGUGACAACAAACAUACCCUGCUAUUACAACCAAAAAAUAAGACUUUAUAUUUCAACACAAAAAAAAUUACAUAUAGUGAUCUUAAACUUUGGCCUAAUUACAUCUGUUCCAUUAGUUUUAUUUUUGAAAGCACAAAUGCACUUUGCACGGUUUUAAACAUGUUGCAAAGUUUCUGGAUAGCCAACAAAUACUUAAAUCAGUUUCUUGGACCAGUUACUGCUCACCAAUGAAAUCCAAAUCUUCAAUAAGAAAUUAACAGCAGCUUUUGGAAACCAUUAUAUUUCAAAUAUAUUUAAAUUACCAUGAAGAGUAGAAUGAUUUAUUGUAAGUCAAAAUGUAUUUUAAGCUUUAUGUGUGGGGUCCUGAUCCUGUCUGCGCUGUGACACUUUGUCUGCAUUGUUUAGUCUCAACAGAUUUAUGAAAUGUAUAUCCAAUUCCGUAUGAUAUGUGACGUGUGUAUGUGACAAUACAAAAUAUAUUUUCUUUACUUUGUUAUUGUGUGGAUUGCUGUUGCUACUUGAACUCUAUUCUCACCCUUCCAGACCAUUUAUUUAUUUAUUUAUGUAUUUUUGGGAUAGAAUUUACACUUAAAGAGGUGAACCUUGACAAAGUGUCUAUAAAGAGAUUAAGUAUCUAUGGAGAGAUUUAAGAUUUAAACCACUUGUAUAAUUUUAAAACAUAACUUUGUAACUUUGCUGAUAUUUAAUUUUGAAUGGAUGUCAGAAGGCUUGUUAAGUAGAUUAUUUUUUUUCACUGAAAAUAGAGAAUAUAAGUCCAUGAUAUUGGUGUAUUUUUCUGUACUUGUGGAUGGUGAUGUUGUGUUUGCACUGAGGGAGGAUUGUUGUGCACUCGUGUCCAGUUGAGAUUAAUGUUAUACUCAGUGUUUGCUGUUGAGGUGCUGCUUCUGUCUUUGGAUAUUCACACACUGCUCCUUUUUCACCCUAACAAGGAUUUCACUGCUAAAUUCAAAAUGCUUGUUGUUCCACAUGUUGCUAUUGCCCUUUGUGAUGUCACAAAUUCAGAAAAUUCUAAGUAGGAAAAUGGAGGAAUAUGUUUAUAAUAAGAGAAUAUGGACACGUUAUUAUUAUUAUUUUAUUUUUAAAAAUUUUAACCAAUUUUUAAAAGCAAAGUUGUGUUAGUGUUUCAAACUUGGCAGCAUAUGACUCAUGGAUGGAGCCGUUUUUAUUACAGUGGCUAUUGAUUGAAUUGGCAAUAUUAAAAUAUAAACUUCUGCAAUAACGAAUUGGCUACUAAUACAAUAACUACAUGUUUUAUUUGCCAAGAGACAACACACCAAACUACUCACAUGAAACUCAUAACUUUUUAAGCAAUGAAUGCUCUUGCUUUUCUAACUUCCUGUACUAUCACAGUAGUCACUACUGGGUCUGACUUUUCUUUUUUUCUCUUUAAUCCUUUUAUAUAUUUGUUGUUGUUUUUUCUCGUGAACUGAGGGGCGCUGGGCCCCACAGACACUAGCUUAUCAUUUGCAUUUCAUGUGUCAUAUUUGCCGUUCAUUUUCUGCCUAUCAUUCAGUGAAGCUGCUGUUUUAUUUACAGUGGUACCUGUGGAACCAACAGCCUCCGUUUUCCCACUUGUGCCUCCCAGAUUGGUGCUUCUCAUGUGCUAAGGUUGAAAUUUAAGUAUCAGACUUUCAAGUAAAGGAAAAAGUGGGGGAAAUUAUUCAGUUUGGUUAGUCAAUACCAACCCUGAAUUUGAAAGAUUCAUCAUAGUCCAAUACUAAGCCAUACUGUUUAAGGUCCAAGUUAUUAAAAGUAAUUUACAACCAUUUCCUAAAGUUUGUAAAACAAUCUGUAAUAGAAACUGAUAAAAAAAAAAAAAAACAUAUAUAUUGUUGCCAACAAUCCAAUUUUAUUGUGCAAAUUCAUGACUGUAGUUCUUGUAUGUUCACUGUAGACUGGGACAGUUGUCUUAAAGUUUUAUCUAUUUUAUCCAUUACUCAUUAUUGUCUUUAUCUUGUGUAUAAUUUCUGGUGAAUAUUUGCUACUGCUAAUGAAAUUUGCAAACCACUGCCAUGGUAUUUGUUGCAAUAAAGUAUUUGAAAUGAUUUAAUAAAGAAAUAAAAGAAAGGACCAAACUGCAGUUUGCUGAUAAUUAUAGCAAGCAAUUGGAUGUACAAACUCAAAUACUUUCACAGUGUACAGAGAAAAAUAUAAGCUUUCAUUAUUUUGUAAAUCUGUAUAUUUUAAAGAACAUUAAUGCAUCUGUUGCAUUGUUCUAUUUUGUUUUAGAGUGCACAUUGUCUAGAUUUCAUACACUGGUCUUUAUUUUGAUUAAAAAUGUUUCUAUGUGGAGAUUUGAGUCUAUUUUUUAAAGGCCUGAUUGAUGGCUGCUGAUGGUCAUCAUCUUAUUUUCAUCUUGUGUUUGUUCUUCACUGUGAUGUGGCGCUGUAAGUGAUUGGGUUUUUUUGUCAACAUUUUGUAAUUUCUCACCUCAUCUUUGUUUAAAUUACUUUUCAUUGUGUUUUCUUGAGAAAACUCACAUUUGCUUAUGUUUUGAAUCACUCUUGACGAUGCAAAAUAUUUGUCCCCACAUAAAAGGAGUUUGAGAACAGCAAGUUGCAUUCAUUUUGGGCUUUAGUGCUGAUUGGAGAAAUAUUUGAUGUGCAACAAUCCCAUGUGUGUUUUAGUGGCUACUGGAUGAUUACAUGAUGUGAAGCGUUUUGUCUUUUCUGUCUGAAACAGCAUUGAUGCACUCUUGACUGCUUCAUUUGCCCUGUACAUACCACAAAUGUUGUUAAAUAAAGUUGCCAUCUUGUAUUGAGGAA